CCAAGAUCGACCAAUAGUAAUGUUCUGUCCGUAUUUGAGGAGGAGCACUUGGACAAUGAAAUUUGUACGCACUGGAGACUGAGCGGGAGUAGAAAGUCACGGCGGUCAGAAAAGUACGUAGUUCCAGUCUCUUCACUCAGCACUUGCCGACACGCGCUCCCAGUCAUGGCUUUAGCACGUUUUAUCUUCCUUCUGAUCGUGAUCUCUGGUUCUAGCAUUGCAAAUACUGUGCAAACGCGCUACCGUCACCAGCAUCUUUUACGAGCGUGGAGGACGUUAUCUGAUCUGUCUCCAGAAUCCCGUAGGAGUAGUUGUCCAGGAUGUGGUGCUGGACGGGGUUUUCAGGAAUCAAAUCUCGCAAAAUCUGAAAUUACGGUUCUAAGAAUAGAAUUAAUUAAGCAACAGAUUUUGAAGAAACUAAGACUCAAAGAACCGCCUUCAGUAUCUAUGCCGUUAUCUACAUUACCAAAACCGUUGUCCAAUGGGACAAUCUUACAUAAAUCUAAUAAACUGGAAUCUAGUAGAGAUGUGGAUGAUUUCUAUGGUACAACGGAUCAAGUCAUCCUUUUCCCUCAGGAAGAUGGAGUGAGAUGUAUUCCAGCAUCAUUCAAUCCAGCUGCCUGUUUCACCUUUAAGCUGCCAGCAGAACUGCAAGCAGAUGACGUUACAACAGUGGAAUUUUGGUUGUAUAAAGAAAGAGAUCAGAGAGACAGCCAUAACCAGACUUUUGUUGUAUCUGAAGUUGCUCAUUGGGAUUUGAACCAGAGCAUUCAGAAAAGCAAAUACUUGGUCAUCCAUGAAACAAAUGUUAAAGCCGGCUGGGUGAAAAUUGAUUUAUAUUGGACAGUAAAAAACUGGUUGGAAUACCAAGAACUGACACAUGCAAUCCAUAUAGCAUGUAAAACAUGUGCAAUGGAGAUUACAAAGUCGCCUGUAUCUUUAGAGUCUGAACAUAAACCUUUCAUCAUCAUCAGCACAAAAACUAUGGAACAGAAUCAUCGACGAAAGCGCAAUAUAAACUGUCACCCAGGUCUGUCUGAAUGCUGUAGGGAGAACCUGUAUAUAUCUUUUGCUGAUAUUGGAUGGGAUGAAUGGAUUUUGCAGCCAUCUGGUUAUCAUGCCUACUUCUGCCAUGGUUCAUGUAAUACUGCUGCUUCAAUCACACAAAGUGGAGCCCACCACAGCUCAUUAAUUCAAAGGCUGCUAUAUCUGCAUAGUUCAAGUGCCAGACACUUAGACCUGGUACCAUGCUGUGCACCUACAAAGCUCUCAUCACUUCAAAUGUUGUAUGUGGACAACAAUCAAACCAUUACCCAUGUGACAUUACCAAACAUGGUGGUGGAAGCAUGUGGUUGCAUGUAGGUGGCAAUUAAUGCUUUCAUUAAACUGGCCAUUUCCAGAACAGUAUUUUGCUUGUACCUGCUAAAAUAGCAAUGUGUAUGCUUUAAUUUCCUAUGCUUCAAAUUAAAGCAUUCUACUUCUGGUAAAAAUAAUUCCAGUCUGUUGUUCUACCAACAGAUGUUGGUUGUUUCUUGUUUUAUUAAUGACACUGUAUCAGCUGAAUAGGCUAUAUAGUACAUAUAGUAUAUACCAAUAAGUACAUUUUGUUAAUUACAUAAAUUCCCUCAAACAAAUUUGUUUGUGUCAGUAUGACUGAUUUAAUAAUUGACUCAUUUGUUAAAAGGUCAUCAUAUUACCAAAUGGACUAAAUAAACCUGUCACUGGAAAGUGUCUUAGUUGCUGCCCAUAACCAAAAAUAAAUUUGUUAUUGUUUGUUAUUUUUUAAAUACUUAUUAAAUUAAUAAAAUAUUGGAAAAAGUAAAUAGUACUCAACAGUGCAAGAAAUGUUACAAAAGUAGGUCAUCUGCAAUGCAAGCAAGGCCUUCAUGAAGCAUAUUUUAUUCUGUAAUAGAUAAAUAUUUAUAUACCCACUAUAUAUUUUUUUUAAUUUUACUGUCUUAAGGCUUUGAAUUUGUUAACUUACAAGUAUUUGCUAUUAUUAAAAAAUUGGAAACCAUAUUUAGUCUUAUUUGCCUUAGAUAAUGAAAUACAUAGUACCAGCAUGCAAUGAACCAUUUUAAUUAAGACAGUACAAAUACUUUUAAUUAAUAUGAACUUUAGAAAUUUUCAAAUAUUUUUAUUUAUAUAGAAGACAUUGGUAUUAUUAUUGCUGAGAUAAAUUUGUUCUGCAUACAAUUUGUGACAUAAAAGUACAAAAACAAGUGUACUUUAAUCUGUUUCAUUCUGGUCCGUCACACUAACAAAUUACAAAGACGAAACAACUCCGUCCAGUGUGACUAAUGGAGUUUUUACUCCCUGAAAACUCAACGCCCUCACAUGUAUUGUAUUGUAUUUUAUUUUCAUCCGUUUUGCCACAUAGUAACAUUUGGACACGUCAUUCAGUAAUAUAAGUUAACAAAAUAAAUCUACAUAGUUACAAGCAUACUACGAACUAUAUUGAUUGAUUAAUUGAUUGAUUUAUCCAGGAGUACAACUUAACAAACCAACCUACAAAGUUACAAGGAUACUGACAACAUUUUACAAUCCUAAGCAAUAUGUAGAUACUACAUUUGAAAAAGAAAAAAGAAAAAACAAAUACACAAAUCAUUGUAUACAACUUAUGAUUUGCUAUGACAUCCAAAUAUGAGUACUUUCACCAUCCAUCUUUUUAUUUAAAACUAACGAAUUCAUUUAUCGUGUAAAAGGAAUGUUUCAAUAAAAAGGGUUUUAAGUCUCUUUUAAAAACUGAAAAUCCCACGGAGUUUUUUAUUUUGUCAGGCAACUUACUAUGCAAUUCUAUCCCCAUAUUUACCACACUCUUUUUAAAUAAUGUAGUUCUACAGAACUGAACAUGAAAAUCCUUGUUUAUUCUUGUAUUAUAACUAUGAAUAUUUAUAUUCUGGAUCAAAUCUGCUUUGUGCUUUUUUAUGUAACACAACACCUCUAAGAUAUACAACGAAGUAACCGUAAGGAUGCCAUAAUCUUUAAAAAUUUGCCUGCAUGAGUCUCGUUUACCAAGUCCACUAAUUAUUCGCAGCACCCUCUUCUGCAUUCUAAAUACCUUUAUACUAUCACCUUCACACCCCCAAAAUAUUAUGCCAUAUCUCAAUAAUGAUUGAAACUUUGCAAAAUAAAUGCUUCUUAACAUAUUUGGACUCAAAACUCCUCUUAGUGAUUUAAUUAUGUAGGAUGUUUUACUAAGUUUUGAACAUAAUGACUGGAUGUGGGUACUCCAUUUAAGGUUUUCUGUAAUAUCUAUACCUAAAAAUCUCAGUUCUGAUGAAUAAGCAAUUUCCAAGUUGUUAUAAAAUACCCGUGGUCUAACUACAAACCUACUUUUACUAAGAUGGAAUGACACAGCAACUGUUUUUUUAAUAUUUAUUAAGAGGUUAUUUACCUGAAACCAUGUUUCAAGCUGUUUCAUGAUCUUAUUUAUUUUCUGUUGCGCUAUGCCUUCCUCUUUAUCAAUAACAAGUACAUUAAUAUCGUCUGCAAACAAUACCGUUUCUCCACUUUGUACAUUUAGCGGGAGAUCAUUUAUAUACAGAAGAAACAGUAGUGGUCCCAGAAUUGACCCCUGUGGUACCCCAUGUAUUGUUUCCCUUAAAGGUGAUAUAUAUUUAUUUUGGGUAUUUUUAUUCAGGUAAUUUGUUUCAACAAAUUGUACUCGGUGGGAUAAGUAAGAUUUAAACCAUAUGUUCCCUCUGAUGAUGGUCUAUGAGGACCGAAACAUGUAAGGGCGUUGAGUUUUCAAGUAGUAAAAACUCCAUUAG